UCGAGCAGAAUGGAUGCUGACAAAAUUUUGUUGGAUCUUUUAGCAAAGUCUAUAAGUUCCAAUAAGAAUUUAAGUGAUUUACCUAGUAUUAAAAAUCACAAAUAUUUUAAAAUUGUUCCUCCAAAAUUUAAAAUUUUGAUUGUUAUAAUGGCUAUAGCAUCAGUUUUUUGGGUGUUUUCAGACAAAUUUAUAAUGGAUCAGUGUUUGAUUUCCAUGCCUGACGAAUUGUCUAAAGCCUUUCGACCACCAAUUGACUGUGACUUUUGUGUCGGAAAACAUGAAGUACUUCGGACUCAAAAUCUCUCACCAGAUAACUUUGAGAAAAAAUUUGCAUAUCAAGGCGGACCAUUGAUUGUUACUGAUGCCAUGAAUAAUUGGACUGCUACUGAGAUCUUCAAUUACGGGUAUUUCAGAAAAACUUAUAGGGAAGCAAAAAAGAAGAAAAGCAUCCUUAAUUGCCAGUUCUUUCCUUAUAAAUCUGGUCUUGGAGAUUUAUUUGAGGCUUUUGAUAUGUCUGAAGAACGUGUCAAACAGAACCCCGGAACUGAGCCGUGGUAUUUCGGAUGGAGCAACUGCAACUACGAAAUUGCAAAAGUCUUACGGAAACAUUAUACCAGUCCUUAUUUUUUACCUAAAUCAUCAGAAAAUAAUGCUAUAGAUUGGAUAUUUAUGGGUGUUCCGGGAAAAGGAGCACAUCUCCAUGUGGACAAUGUACGACUGCCGUCUUGGCAAGCUCAGUUAAAAGGAACAAAAGAAUGGAUUCUGGCUCCACCUCCGGAAUGCUACUACAAAUGUUCUUCAUUCUCAACAUCAGUAAAACCAGGGGAAAUUAUUGUUUUGGAUACUAACCGAUGGUACCAUCAGACAAACGUUUUACCAGGGGAAGUUAGUAUUACGAUAGGCGCAGAAUAUGAUUAAAAUAUUUAUGAACUCACC